CUAGCGAAGCUGCGCUGGCUGGAGGGGAGGCUGCGGAGCGAGGGCUGGAGAACUUUCCAGGCACCUGGCCUCCUACCAUGUCUGACCCCAUCACACUGAAUGUGGGGGGGAAGCUCUACACAACCUCAUUGGCAACUCUGACCAGCUUCCCUGACUCCAUGCUGGGCGCCAUGUUCAGUGGGAAGAUGCCCACCAAGAGGGACAGCCAGGGGAACUGCUUCAUUGACCGCGAUGGCAAAGUGUUCCGCUACAUCCUCAACUUCCUGCGGACGUCCCACCUGGACCUGCCAGAGGACUUCCAGGAGAUGGGCCUGCUCCGCAGGGAGGCUGACUUCUACCAGGUCCAGCCCCUGAUUGAGGCCCUGCAGGAGAAGGAGGUGGAGCUCUCCAAGGCAGAGAAGAACGCCAUGCUCAACAUCACACUGAAACAGCGGGUGCAGACAGUCCACUUCACUGUGCGGGAGGCGCCACAGAUCUACAGCCUGUCUUCUUCCAGCAUGGAGGUGUUCAACGCCAACAUCUUCAGCACGUCCUGCCUCUUCCUCAAGCUCCUUGGCUCUAAGCUCUUCUACUGUUCCAAUGGCAAUCUCUCUUCUAUCACUAGCCACUCGCAGGACCCCAACCACCUGACUCUUGACUGGGUGGCUAAUGUGGAAGGCCUUCCAGAGGAAGAGUACACCAAGCAGAACCUCAAAAGGCUGUGGGUGGUGCCCGCCAACAAGCAGAUCAACAGCUUCCAGGUCUUUGUGGAGGAGGUACUGAAAAUCGCUCUGAGUGACGGAUUCUGCAUCGAUUCUUCCCAUCCACACGCUCUGGACUUCAUGAACAACAAGAUCAUUCGGUUAAUACGGUACAGGUAAAAAAGACCCUAGCCACACUGGGGAAGGAGUCCCCAAGAAGCUCAUGUCAGCCAAGGCUUUGAGGAAAGUGUCUCACCGGUGGCCAAGGCAGGGAACUAUACUAAUCUGUAUUAAUUGCACAGCAGGACCUGUUUCCGCAUGAUGAAGUCCACCUUCUGGAUUCCACAUGUCCUCUAAACAGAACCACCUUUUCUUGCCAUUUUGAGCUGGCGAUGGGUAGUUUAUUAUGACAAGUUAAAAGUCAGCUGAUACAUACAAGAGGGGGCUCUGGCUGGGACAAAGGAGGGGCAGUUUUCUCAUGGGUAGUCACCACACCCCUAGUCAGUGCCUCUCACUUACCCAUCUCCAGAGAGAGCCCUGGCUGCUGAGGGAUAGGGUGGGAACAAGAGGCUUCUUUUAGUUUCCUAGGACAUAACAUGUACAGCAAACACAACUCCCAUCACACUGCUCUUUGUUCUGGAGGAUGGGUCCAGGUACCAGGACACCUUUGCCCAAAGGCAACCAUGGUUGGGUGGUUUGGAAUGCAAUAUGUUCCCAGAACCCUUUGUCACUCCACUCAGGGAGAAAGUUGAGUUGUUCCGUGGCCUACAGGAGUGAGUGUCGAGGCUUCAGCACGAAAGGGUGACCCUUCUGAGGAAGCUGAAUUGAAGGAUUCUUGGCUUCAGAAGUUGGUGGUUUUCCCUGCAGAGAUGUGAUGGUAUUGGAGCCAGGAUGAUGGAAGACACUUCAUGACCCGGCCUGUCGCUUGGCUUUCAUGAUCCUUUUCCCAUGAAUUGGAAGCAUCACCAAAACCAGUCGGUUCAAACCAAUAUAUUAUGAAGUCUCAGGGUUGGAAAAUAAUCCAGUAGUUGUUAGUUCUUCCCCUUCUUCUAGGACACCCCAGGACAUUUGGGGAUGAGUGCCUGUCCUUGAGUACCUCCGAGGGAUCACUUAGGCCACCUUGCAUACCCCACCCCCUCCCGGUGACAGAAAGCUCACUAUUCUCAGGGCAGCCCUUGCCAAGGUUGAGCCAUGCUUGUUGUUAGAAAGUCCUUUCAGUACUGACCCACAGUCUGUCCUGCUGGGUCUGUGUGCUAGGUCUUCCUUCUCACUCAGAUGUGUGUCCUUGCUUUGACUAGACACUUUGACGGUAUCAUUACUCAGAACUCAGAUUCCCUUUACAAUUUGUCUUUAGCAGCAUUAGCUCCUUUCUCUCCUAAGCCAACCCUCUCUCAUAUGGCUUUGCCUUGUCCAUGGCCCCCACUUCAUCAGCCUUCCCCAUCCACCAGCCAUGGUCAGCACGCCUGCUUAUGUCUGGCUGGAAGAAGACCGCUGACUGAGGAGAUCUAGGGUUUUAGAAAACAGUCUUUGGCAAGGAGUACAGGAGUGCUCUGUACUACCCCAGUGCCCCUGGAGCAGAUUUCCAGCCCUAACACUUCUCUUAAGAAAGCAGCCUUCCCCAUCAUAAUGUCUGGUCCUAAUGACCUACGGGCCGCCCUGGGAUACAUUAAGGGCAAGAGACCCCAGACCACUACUCCCCAACAGGCGAGGUACCUUAUGGACCUCUCAACUGCACGUUGUGACUCAUCCCUGGAUUAACUAUAGCUUCUUCUAAAGUCCCAGAAUCUUCCCCAUUGCAGACGAGCUCCAGACACAGCCAGGGAAGCCUGGAACAAGAUCUGUGGGUGGACAGAGCAAAGGGCCUCCACAGUUAUACCCUGUGAAUGAGCAGUUUUCAUAGGCAUAAGCAAAACGUGGUCCUGAGGCACUUAAGGCCUUUCUCUCCCUACAGCAGGACCCAGAAGUCUCUCUCUGGCUGUCUUGAGCCACCAUACCAGUAGCACUCUGGAAAGUUCUUCAGAGAACCAAUCAGAACAACAGAAGCUGUGAUCAUAGCCAAAUAAGUCAAGGGGGAAAAAACACCUCAGAAAUCAACACUGCUGCCCCACCUUUUUCUCCAUAAAACUGCUUUCUCCAUCUUUUUGGUGCUUCCUAAUUCUAUAGUUUGACUUAGAGCAAGUACAGAACCUGUGAAGCCACUAACAUACUAUGUGACUAUAAAAGUCACUUGCCUCACUGAGCCACCUCCAUUUCUUCAUCUGCGAAAUGGGCAUAUAGUAAUACAUAACCCUACCUACCUCACAGGACUGUUGUGAGGAUCAAACAAAAUGAUGUACUGAGAAUAAAUGAUAAAUGACAA